CUGCAGAGAAGAGAAGAGUAGAGCUCCUCCUUGUACUUUUCAGCACCAUGGUGAGCGCUCGGACCCUCCUCCUCACCKUCACCUGCUGCUGCGCCUUCCUGCAGGGCGCGCGCACUGAGGACUCCUCUCUGGAGACGCGCUCCGUGGACUUCUCCCUGAAGACCCAGCAGGAGAAAGACCUGAUCGAUGCUCUGCAGGAAGUUUUGGAGAAGCUAAGAAACAAAGAAAUGCCCUCAGAGAAGAAGCUUGGCUGGCUGCCUUCUUGUGACGCAGGGGAGCCGUGCGCCAUGCGUAAAGGCGCGCGGAUCGGCACGCUGUGCAGCUGUCCUCGAGGGACGUCUUGUAACUUCUUUGUCCUAAAAUGUUUAUAAAAUUGUGUAUAAAAAAACAAACAAAAAGGGAAUGAUAAGACAUGAUGCAAAGUGAUUUUCCCUCUAUUUUCUAAACCUUAAAUGUUGAUCUAUGUAUAACUUUUUGUUUAAAUGUUUAUUGUUGUGUCAGAAGGAUGCGAGAGACUUUUAUUUGACAGAUUUUUCCAGAAUGUCGAUGUGGAAAAGAUGGCCUUGAAAUGGUUCCUGAACUUAUUUGUAAGAUGAGAAAUCAAUAAAUGAACUAAUAAAGA